UUUCUCAUUUCACACUUCAUAAAUUCAUCCUUCUGCACACAACAAAGAAAAUUAGUAAAGACAAUUCCAUCAAUUGAAUCAAAAAUUUACAGUACCCAGAUCCUCAAAAAGUCAUAAAACAACAGCAAAACAGAGUAAAAAGUCACCUAACUAGUCCCACUUUGAAAAAAAAAGUCUACUACUUGAUGAUAAUUCCAACACCUCCUGAUAUAUUUGCCGAGGAUUGUUCAUUCAUUUACAGUUUACUUGAAGAAACCAUGAAAGAACCCACCUCCACCACCACCACCACCACCACCGCCACCAAGAGGAGAAGACAAGAAGAAGAAGAGGGAAACAAUAUGAAGAAGAGGACUACUACUACUGCUGCUGCAGCUCCAAAGAAGAAACAGAAAAAAGAGGCACUAAAAGAAUUAGUUACAAGUUUUUUAUUAUUAGAACAAGAAGAACAACAAGAAAAGUUAUUAGAAUCAUCAGAUGAAAUCCAACAACUUAUUGAGACAAAUCAUAGACAGAAAAAACAAACCAUGAUUGAUUAUUACAAUGAUUUACAGGAUGAUUACACUGAUUUAGAACAGCAAUCUGAUCAAUUUUACAUACAACAGUCAAGAUUAUCCACUGCUAAUAAAAUAGCAGCUGCUUCUGCUAUUAGUACUGCUGCUGCUAAUAAAGGGUUAUCUGCAAAAGAAGGUAAAGUUCAAAGUGGGGGGAAUCAGAGGAGAUUAUGGGUUAAAGAUAGAUCAACAGCUUGGUGGGAUCAAUGUAGUCAUCCGGAUUACCCAGAGGCGGAUUUCCGUAAAGAGUUUCGGAUGUCGAAAGAGACUUUUAAUUUGAUUUGUGAUGAAUUGAGUAAAGAUGUGGUGAAAGUUGAUACAAUGCUUAGACAGGCGAUACCUGUUCGACAAAGGGUCGCUGUGUGUAUAUGGAGAUUGGCUACCGGUGCGCCGCUCAGGCACGUUUCGGAACGGUUUGGGUUGGGGAUAUCGACUUGUCAUAAGCUUGUUCUCGAGGUGUGUUUGGCGAUUAAGACUGUGUUGAUGCCUAAGUUCUUACAGUGGCCUGAUGAGGAGAAAUUGAAGAACAUUGAGAAGGAAUUUGAGUCGGUUUCGAGGAUACCGAAUGUGGUUGGAUCAAUGUAUACGACGCAUAUACCGAUUAUUGCGCCGAAGAUUAGUGUUUCGGCUUAUUUCAAUAAGAGGCAUACUGAGAGGAAUCAGAAGACUUCGUAUUCGAUUACGGUGCAAGGGGUUGUUGAUCCGAAAGGGGUGUUUACCGAUGUUUGUAUUGGUUGGCCUGGUUCGAUGCCCGAUGACCAAGUGUUGGAGAAAUCGGCUUUGUACCAGAGAGCUAAUGGUGGUCAAUUGAAAGGUUCUUGGAUUGUUGGAAGCAGUGGGUAUCCGUUAAUGGAUUGGGUGUUGGUUCCUUACACUCAACAUAAUCUUACAUGGACUCAACACGCUUUUAAUGAGAAGAUCGGCGACAUUCAACGUGUUGGUGAAAGUGCUUUUGCUAGGUUGAAAGGUAGAUGGGGUUGUUUGCAGAAGAGAACAGAAAUGAAGCUUCAAGAUUUGCCUGUUGUUCUCGGAGCUUGUUGUGUUCUGCAUAAUAUCUGCGAGAUGAGGAAUGAAGAAAUGGAUCCUGAUGUGAAGUUUGAGUUGUUCGACGAUGAAAUGAUACCGGAAAAUAGUUUGAGAUCUAUGAGUUCGAUAAAAACUAGAGACAACAUUGCUCAUAAUUUGUUGCAUCAUGGUCUUGCAGGCACUAGUUUCUUGUAGUUUUAGAUUUAGUUGCUUGCUGCAAGUCUUUUUUUGUUUCGAAAUUAGGAUAGGCCACUCCAAGAACCAAAAUGGGGAUUGUUUUGUUUUAUGUUUUUGUAUAAGUUUGAUCUUUUGCUCUAUACAUUGACUCUAAAAUCCAGUUUGUUCCAUAUGUACCUGAAAGUACUAAUUAUAUGAACAGAUGAUCAUCAUUUUUUCAA